UAUGAAACUACAAAGGAAAUCCAGAAAUUCACAAAUUCCCCUCUUACAUUACCUAGCUUAUUUUGUACUUUACCAUACCAUCCAUUCAAAUACAAAGAAUAUAAAAUUGUUUGUUACCUAUAGUAUAAAUACUACAGCAAUAUUUAUUGUUAUCUCUUCUUUUCUCUCUCCUCUUUCUUCAGCAUUUACAGAAAUCCAAAACCUUCCUUCCUUCUCCUCUUCAAUGGUUACAUAAAAAAAAAAAAUCUCUUUUUUUUUUUUUUUUUGGGAAUUUGUUUCUGGUAAGAAUAAGUUUGUAAAGUUUAUUAAAUAUUUUACUUUUUAAGGAUAAACCAUAUUUAAUUUCUUAAUUACCCCACUAAUACGCUAGAAGAGAAUCAGUGCUUCAAAGAACUUUCCUUCUAUUUUAGUAAUUUCCAUGUUAGGGGCCCUUCUUCUUCUCUCUUAUACCCCCUUCUUCAAGCUUUUUUUCCAGUAGCUCUGUUUUUCUCUCUCUAUCUCUCUGUUUUCUCUCUCCUAUCUUAUCUCUCUAAAAACUUCUGUUUUUUUUUUUUUUUUUUUUGGUUUUGCUUCAUUUUCUCUCUCUAAAUUCAAUUGGCUGUUCUGCCUCUUUUUGUGUCUGCAACAUUAUAUUGCUUCUGUUUGUUGUGGAUCUACUAGUGUAAUCUUCUGGGUAUUUGUGCAAAUUUAAAGAUAUACUUACUUACUUGCACAUAAUACAUACAUUAAUGGGUGAAAUUGGUGUUAAUUUGUGAGAAUUUCCUGGUUUUAAGAUCUGGGUUUUUUCUGAAUUGUAGGAAAAAUCAAAACUUGUAGCCAAAAAUCCAAAAAAAUUAUGGUUCCUGGUAUUGAUAUGAGUAAAUGGUGGGGCAAAGAUGGAGGAGAGAGAAAGGGAACUCCAGUAAUAGUAAAAAUGGAGAAUCCAAAUUACUCAUUACUUGAAAUAGAAAGCCCAGAUACAGCAUUUAGGGCAGUUGAAAAAGAUAGAGGUAAAAAUGCAAAACAAAUGACAUGGGUUUUACUUCUCAGGGCUCAUAAAGCUGCUGGUUGUGUUGCUUGGGUUGGAAAUGGUGUUUUAUCAUUAUUAAGUACAAUUAAAAAGAGGUUGAUUUUAGGUGAAGGUGUAAAAAUGGAGAAUGAUAAAUCUAGUAAAGGGAAAUUAUUGUACAGGAUAAUUCUGGGUUUUCUGAUUACUGCACUUGCAUUCUUGGCAUUUGAGAUGUUUGCACAUUUCAAUGGCUGGCAGUAUUACCUUCAAACAAGUAAUUUGAGUAUGAUCAUACCUCGAACCGUCGAGAUUCAAGGUUUGUUUCAUCAGGUUUAUGUGGGUUGGGUCGAUUUUCGAGUCGAGUAUAUUGCUCCUUUGAUCCAGUUUUUGUCCAACUUCUGUGUACUUUUGUUCAUGAUUCAGUCUGUUGAUAGACUGGUGCUGUGUUUUGGGUGUUUUUGGAUUAAGAUUAAAGGGAUAAAGCCUAAGGUUGAAGGUGAACCUAAGCCAAUUGAUGCUGAGAAUCCUGGCUCUUUUUAUCCUAUGGUUCUUGUUCAGAUUCCAAUGUGCAAUGAAAAAGAGGUAUAUGAGCAGUCAAUUUCAGCAGUUUGUCAACUAGAUUGGCCAAAAGACAAAAUUCUUAUUCAAGUUUUAGAUGAUUCUGAUGAUGAAAGUAUACAAUGGUUGAUCAAGAGUGAAUGUUCUAAAUGGAGUCAAAAGGGUGUUAACAUUAUCUACCGACAUCGUUUGGUUCGAACUGGUUACAAAGCUGGUAAUCUGAAGUCUGCUAUGAACUGUGAUUAUGUUAGAGAUUAUGAAUUUGUUGCCAUCUUUGAUGCUGAUUUUCAGCCUAAACCCGAUUUCCUGCAACAAACUGUCCCACAUUUCGAGGGUAAACCAGAAGUUGGUUUGGUUCAAGCGAGGUGGACCUUUGUAAACAAAGAUGAGAACCUACUAACACGCCUUCAGUAUAUUAACCUUUGCUUUCACUUUGAAGUGGAGCAACAAGUUAAUGGUGUGUACCUUAGUUUCUUUGGGUUUAAUGGAACUGCUGGAGUUUGGAGGAUCAAAGCAUUGGAGGACUCCGGUGGUUGGCUCGAAAGAACGACUGUUGAGGACAUGGACAUUGCUGUCCGUGCUCAUCUCAAUGGGUGGAAGUUUGUCUACCUUAACGACGUCAGGGUCCUAUGUGAACUUCCGGAGUCUUAUGAAGCCUACAGAAAACAACAACACCGUUGGCAUUCGGGUCCAAUGCAGCUCUUUCGAUUAUGUUUGCCAGCUAUCAUAAGCUCGAAGCUGUCAUCAUUGAAGAAAGCGAACCUUAUCCUACUGUUUUUCCUUCUAAGAAAACUAAUUCUGCCAUUCUAUUCCUUCACAUUGUUCUGCAUCAUUCUUCCCUUGACCAUGUUUGUCCCUGAAGCCGAGCUACCACUUUGGGUUAUCUGUUAUAUACCUGUUUUCAUGUCACUGCUUAAUAUACUUCCUUCACCGAGUUCAUUCCCCUUCAUCGUUCCAUACCUUUUGUUCGAGAACACAAUGUCAGUAACCAAGUUCAAUGCAAUGAUCUCCGGGUUAUUCCAAUUGGGUAGUUCAUAUGAAUGGAUCGUCACCAAGAAAGCAGGUCGGUCCUCAGAGCCAGACUUAGUAGCCAUGGAAGAACGGGAAACAAAGGCAAUGAACCAACCCCAACUGUUCCGAGGUGCUUCAGACAGCGGCCUGUCUGAGCUGACCAAACUGAAAGAACAUCAGGAUGCCACCCCUAAUCCUGCUAAGAAGAAAACGAACAAAAUCUACAAGAAAGAGCUUACAUUGGCCUUCUUACUACUUACUGCUGCUCUUAGGAGUCUGUUAUCUGCACAAGGGGUGCAUUUCUACUUCCUCUUAUUCCAAGGCGUUACUUUCCUACUCGUGGGCUUAGAUUUGAUCGGCGAGCAAAUGAGCUGAAACACAUAACAUACGCGUUCAUCUAAUUUUCGCGAUCAAAUGCAUCUGCAUAGAUGCAAAAGCUACUGCUAACGAGUACAGCCAUGAUUCAGACGAAUAAAAUUCCUCUGAGAAUCAUAUCUCCUAUAGAAAUUUUUUCCGUUUAUUCGACAUAGAAUUUACUCUUUUGUUAAUUUAAUUUAUCACUUAUAGUGCUGUGAAUUUGUUUUCUUGGAGGGGUUAAAAAUUGGUGAGAUAGAUUUAUGGGGGCAUCAAAAACCCAUAUAAAUUACCAAAAUCAUUAUUCUUUUGCUUUUGGAUCAUAAAAAAGAUACUCAAGUUUGUAAUUUUAUUUGUUCUUGGUUAGUUUGGUACCAAAAUAUUCUACAUAAAAAAAAUUGUAUUUAAGAAAUACUGUAGAAUUUGAUUAUUUUUAAGUGAUGCAUAAAUUAUUCAUAUCAUAUCAUGUUAUAAAAAUAAACUUGUAUAUUUUGCAUUAA